UGCAAGACAGCACUGCUGCCAGACUUAACGGGUCCCCUCCCCGGGGCUGAUCAUUAACCCGGAGACCAUAUAAGGAGCGAGCGGCCUGGGCUGGAGGGACGCAUCGCGGCCACCGUCAUGGACAGUAGCACCUGGAGCCCCGCGACCACUGCCACCGCCGAGCCCCUCAAGGCCUACGAGCGCAUCCGCAAUGCGGCCGACAUCUCUGUCAUCGUCGUCUACUUUGUGGUGGUGAUGGCUGUCGGGCUGUGGGCCAUGUUUUCCACUAAUCGUGGGACUGUUGGAGGCUUCUUCCUGGCAGGACGAAGUAUGGUGUGGUGGCCGAUUGGAGCCUCUCUGUUCGCCAGUAACAUCGGAAGCGGCCACUUUGUGGGACUGGCGGGAACGGGAGCAGCUGCAGGCAUCGCCACUGGGGGCUUUGAAUGGAACGCCCUUUUUUUGGUGGUUGUGCUGGGCUGGGUGUUUGUCCCCAUUUACAUUAAGGCAGGGGUGGUGACGAUGCCAGAGUACUUGCGGAAGCGAUUUGGAGGCAAGCGGAUCCAGGUCUACCUCUCUGUUCUGUCCCUGUUGCUGUACGUUUUCACCAAGAUCUCGGCAGACAUCUUCUCUGGGGCCAUAUUCAUCAACAUGGCCUUGGGCCUGAAUCUGUACCUGGCCAUCUUUAUCUUACUGGUAAUCACUGCCCUUUACACAAUCACAGGGGGCCUGGCGGCUGUGAUUUACACGGACACCUUGCAGACGGUGAUCAUGCUGGUGGGGUCUUUUAUCCUGACUGGGUUUGCUUUUCAUGAAGUGGGAGGGUAUGAUGCCUUCAUGACGAAAUACAUGAAUGCCAUUCCAACUGUGAUUUCUGAUGGAAACACCACCAUCAGGAAAGAAUGCUACACCCCAAGGGCUGACUCCUUCCACCUCUUCCGAGAUCCUCUCAAGGGAGACCUGCCAUGGCCUGGGCUCAUCUUUGGGUUGUCCAUCCUCGCCCUGUGGUACUGGUGCACAGAUCAGGUCAUUGUGCAGCGGUGCCUCUCGGCCAAAAACAUGUCACACGUGAAGGCUGGCUGCAUCAUGUGUGGGUACCUGAAGCUGCUGCCCAUGUUCCUCAUGGUGAUGCCGGGGAUGAUCAGCCGCAUCCUAUACACAGAAAAAAUUGCCUGCACUGUCCCCUCGGAGUGUGAGAAAUAUUGUGGCACCAAGGUUGGCUGUACCAACAUCGCCUACCCUACCUUGGUGGUGGAGCUCAUGCCCAAUGGACUUCGAGGCCUGAUGCUGUCAGUCAUGUUGGCCUCUCUCAUGAGCUCCCUGACCUCCAUCUUCAACAGCGCCAGCACCCUCUUCACUAUGGACAUCUACACCAAGAUCCGGAAGAGAGCAUCUGAGAAAGAGCUCAUGAUUGCAGGAAGGUUGUUCAUGCUGGUGCUGAUUGGCAUCAGCAUUGCCUGGGUCCCCAUUGUGCAGUCAGCACAAAGUGGGCAGCUCUUUGAUUACAUCCAGUCCAUCACCAGUUACUUGGGACCACCCAUUGCAGCUGUCUUCCUGCUUGCUAUUUUCUGCAAGAGAGUCAAUGAGCAGGGAGCCUUUUGGGGACUGAUCAUUGGAUUUGUGAUUGGGGUGUCCCGUAUGAUUGCUGAGUUUGCCUAUGGAACUGGGAGCUGCAUGGAACCCAGCAACUGUCCCACAGUUAUCUGUGGUGUACACUACUUGUACUUUGCCAUCAUCCUCUUUGUCAUUUCUCUCAUCAUCAUCCUGGCUGUCUCCCUCUUCACCAAGCCCAUUCCAGAUGUGCAUCUCUACCGCCUGUGCUGGAGCCUGCGUAACAGCAAAGAGGAGCGUAUUGACCUGGAUGCAGGAGAGGAGGACAUUCAAGAAACCCCAGAGGAGACCAUUGAAAUAGAAGUUCCUGAGGAGAAAAAAGGAUGCUUCAGGCGGGCCUAUGACCUGUUUUGUGGUCUGGACCAGCAGAAGGGCCCCAAAAUGACAAAGGAAGAGGAGGCAGCCAUGAAGCUGAAGAUGACAGACACCUCGGAGAAGCCUUUGUGGCGGACGAUAGUGAACAUCAAUGGCAUUAUCCUGCUGACUGUGGCCAUCUUCUGCCAUGCAUAUUUUGCCUGA